AUGAAGCGUGAGCUUUGGGGCUUCUUCGACGGAUCCGGAGUGAAGCCUUCAAGCGCCUUGACAACGGAGCAUGGAGCAUGGGUGAAGAAGGACAAGAAGGCGUUCUCGAUUCUCGUGUUGAAGCUUGGACUUCAGCUCAUGCCGGUGGUGAGCUCGUGCAUCGACCUUGAAGGAGCUACACGUGAAGCUUGGAGGCGCCUCGAGAACAUCCACGUGACGAAGUCUCUCUACGGCAAGUUGCAAGCAAGGAGGAACUUCUUCACCAUGCGCAUCAAGGAGGGCGAACGCAUGCGCGCGUACGUCAACCGCGUUGAGGAGCUUGGCAAACGAAUGGUGGAGCUUGAAGCAGACGUGGACGGAAAGGAUUGGAUCAUGACGCUUCUCGGAGGGCUCCGAGAGGAAUGGUCAACCGUCAUCACCACCCUUGACGGCAUGCAAGCGACGUGGACCAAGGAGGGGGUGACGACGCGCCUCAUAGACGUGGAGAUGCGGUGGAUCAACUUGAAAGGCGAUUCAACGAGUUCGGCUCACUUCACGCGCGGGGUGAAGAAAGGCGUUGUCUACACCAAGGCACGGAAUGACCGUGGGCAUGUAAGUGGAAGCGCGGGCUCUUCACGUGGAGGACACGCCAACAACAACAACAACCGUGGUCAUGCUCAUGAAAGAGCAUGCCGGUAUUGCAAGAAGGUCGGGCAUUGGUGGCACGAGUGUCGGAGCAAGCCAAGGGAUUGGACUCCAACAUCGCCAACUCAAGAGGAACGGCGCGCGAACGUGGUAACUUCGGGAGAAGAUACCAAGGAGCUCGUGUUCAUCACGGGAGAAGGAGCUCUUGGCAAGUUCGCUUGGCUUCUCAACACGGGCGCUACACAACACAUGACGCUACAUGCGGAGCUUCUUGAGGAUGUCUUGGCGGAUGCUCCUACCAAGCGCAUGGUCUUCGGUAAUCAAGACUCGCUUGAGAUGAAUGGACACGUAACGUUGCGCCUCGCGGUGGACGGCGGUCCAAUGACGAUCAACAACGUGUGA